UCUGUCUUCCAGUAGCUCUCCACCCACCGACGGAUAGAAAAGACGAUACAGCACUGACGCUCGUCCCCGUAUAACCAUAUGGCCAAAACAGCCCUCUUUCUUUCUUUCAUCGUUGGGUCCACUACUCUUUAAAAAUUCCGCCGAAAAAGAGAAGACGAUUUUCCAAAACAUUUUGGCCGUUAUCUCACGGCUCCCCUGUCUCUGCACAGGUGUAUGAGCGCUACCCAGAGGGCCUAGGGGCGGCUCUUUACCGGGAGCAGUUUGACUUCAACGCUGAGCCACCUUGGGAUCCUAGCUGAUAGCGGGACAGGUCCAUCUCCUGACUUGUCCAUUUUGUUGCAUACCGGCAGGACCCCAUUGGCUCAGUCGUGACCCUUUGACUUGUUUAUCUGUUCUUUAUGAUUGUCGGUUUAGCGGAAUACGGUUAAGAUGAAAGGACUCGCUGACAAACCCAAUGACAUCGUUGAACUCCUGGAGGGAGGAGUAACUCUUGAAGACGUAAUUGAUGGACACAUCUACGAACAGGCUCUGGUAGAGAAGAGUGCAUUUGUGGUGGGUGACCUUGGUGCGCUGAUGCGACAACAUGCCUGCUGGCAGAGCAUUGUACCACAGCUGCAGCCAUACUACCCAGUCAAGUGCAACAGCAGCCCAGUAGUCCUACAGGUGCUGGCAUCCUUGGGCCUGGGCUUUGUUUGCACAAACAAGGCUGAAAUGAACCUAGCUCUGGAUCAUGGCGUGUCACCAGAAAACAUCAUUCUGUCUGGUGUUUGCAAGCAGCUGGCUCACAUCAAACAUGCUGCCAAGAACAACAUCCAGUAUCUGGUGUGUGAAAAUGAGGCAGAGCUGGCCAAGAUCUCCCGCCUGCACCACAGUGCAAAGUUGUUGCUGCAGCUGACCACUGAUGCCCAUGCGGCUGAGACCAGCAUGGCCUUUGGCUCGUCUCUGAAGAGUUGUCGACAUCUGCUGGAGGUAGCCAAGGAUCAGGGUGUGCAGGUGGUGGGGGUGACCUUCACCAUUCCCAGCUCCUGCUCAGACCUCCAGCAGGCUUACACUCACGCGCUGUCAGAUGCCCGCUGUGUGUUUGAUAUGGGGGUGGAUCUGGGCUUUAACUUGAACAUCCUGGACAUCGGUGGUGGAUUUACUGGCUCAGAGUUUCAACUCAGACAAGUGGAGUCUGCAGUCAGACCGCUGCUGGACGCUUACUUUCCACCACUGUCUGGUGUUCAAGUGUUGGCUCAGCCAGGCACCUUUUAUGUGGCUUCAGCGUUCAGCCUCGCUGUUAAUGUGAUUGGGAAAAAGAUGGUGACGUGCCACUGGGACAGUCUAACACAGGGUGACAACAAUGAAGACACAGAGUUUCUGUACUACAUGAAUGAAGGUGUUUAUGGUCCAUUCAGCUGCAAGCUCCUGGGAAACUCUAUCGCUGCCCCUUCAGUGCACAAGCAUGUGCUGUGUGCUGAGGAGACGGCCUAUCCCAGCAGCCUCUGUGGCCCGUCCUUAGACGACCUGGACCAGGUGGUGGAGCGGUGCCUCUUGCCUGAACUUAGCGUGGGUGACUGGCUUCUGUUUUCCAACAUGGGAGCUUAUAGUCUGGAGGAGUCAAUCUGCCUCUCUGACUCUCACCAGCUGCCCAUCUACUACACUGUGUCCACCUCUGACUGGUACGAAAUGCAGGAGGCUGGUGUCGCCCUGGACAGUACCAUGAAGAACGUCUCCAUGGUCCACUACAGUGCGUAAAUGGCCCUCUGGCUCCGUCCCAUAUAGUAUUGCACAGAUCCUCCUUAGCCUGUCCUUUGACCAUGCGUGCUGAGGGGUCAGCAUGGUAAUUAGGACGAGGGGCUAAAUGUGGUCAACAUUCCAACCACCUUGGGAAAAUGAUGUGUCCUAUUAAUUCUUCCAGGAAUUGGGCUUUUUUUCACCUUUAGAAAUGGUAAACAAUUGGUAGUUUAAGAAGCAGUUGUAGAGUUUAUAUUUCUGGAAGAUGGUCUUUAGUUCUACUCCUCCCUCUGAAUUCAGAUUUUGUCAGCUCAAAGAACUCUGGCCCAAGCUCAGAUGACGUAUGCAACAAAAUGGACGACUCUAUGGAGAUGGAACCCCGCCCCCCCCCCCAACAUGUUUGGGUUGGGUUUUGUUUCCCUGAUUUAAAAAUAAAGAUCUGGUUUACAAAAUGUACAAUUGAUUUAAGUCAUGCUCUUCAUCGAUCACUUGUUGACAGUCGUGUAAAUCCUGUAUCUUUUCAACACAAUGCAUUUUUGUCUGUAGGAGACUUGAAGAAAUAAUCGACGCUCGGUGUAGAAUCUGUAUUUCAGACGUCUCACUUUGCAGAGUUUAAAUGAAACGAUGACAAUGAUGUAUCAGUUUUCUUCAUUGCAGUUCACCUCGAUGCUUUUUUCUAUUUAUUAGAUUCCGAUUUUACUGGGUCACACUUCAGACCCGUGUUUGUGUGUUCAGCCCAGGUAUUAUGCUGUGGCCCAUCUACCAGUGUUUUCAGGAUUAAAAUAUCAAUGUGUUUUUUUUUUUUGUUGUUGUUUUUUUUAAUGCUACAUUGAUAUAAGUGUGCUGUGAUUGUCAUUAGUGACCUCAGUGGUUUCCCUUUACUCAAAUGGCUUGAAGGAUUGCAGGGGGAUUUUCUUCACACUGAGUAAGAGCUUAAGUACAGACGUGCUUCGCACACGCUAACACUUCGUGUGUCUUCUAGACAGGUUUAUCUGGUUGCACGUGCACAAAGUCUUUUCUAGGUAAAAGAAAUACUGACACUCACCAAUGCAGACUCUUGAGCUCUUCAUAUCAGUGUCUCCUGCCAAGGAAUUGUUUUCUCUGAUCUGAAAAACCAGCAAAUUUUUAAUUCAUUGUCAAAUUGCAACUGAGUGAAAGUGUGUAUGACACUGGCCUCUCUGAAGAUGACUUUAAAUUUUUCUCAUUAUCUCUAAAUUCACCCUUGGACAACAUUCAUUCACUGUCACAGUAAAUUCCAUGUCUAAUGUUAGAGGUUACUGAUGUAACUGCAAUAUUUAAAAGAAAUCUGCCCGCGUGUUGAAAUUAUUAAUGUAUUAAUGACAUCCUUGUCUAAGGCACUAAUGGACCAUAGCCUGUUUUAAAUGUAAAUUGUGCUUGUUAAAGUAAUGAAAGUGAUUAAUUUAAUACAUUUCUGAUUGAAAUCA